UUGAAGGGGUAUGAGAUUUAAAAAAAAAGGGGGGGGCAGAAUUUAAAUAGCCCUCAAUUGAAUUGUAUUUAUUAGCAUCAAAAUAGGACUAAGAUGGAAAAAGAUGACGCGCUUUGGAAACCUCUAACGGGACAAGCCGAAAGGAAAAGAAGUUCAUCAAAAUGGGACUACUACGGCUGGAAAAAAAAACUAUAUUGUAUAACUGUAUAUUCCUUUAUCAUAGGAUUAUUUGAAACACUUAUUGAGGUUGAUGCUAUGAAGUAGUCCUAUAUAAAAAACAUAAAAUAGUGGGCAAGAUGAGUGAGUCAUGACGCUUGAACAUUCGAUCUUUGUGGACUUUUCACUUCCCGGUUGGCCCGCGUCGUCACGUUGCCGGGCAGAACCGAGUGAAGCCGAGCCUUUUCGGAAUCGCGAAGAGCGACCACCCGCACCCUUCCCCCCGCCUUGUUCUCCACCCCCGGUCGUCGGCUCCGUCCUCCUCCUCAUCCACCCCCCUCCCUCUUUGCCCAGCUACGUGAUCAGCCAGGAGUCCCCGGCAGCAGCGCGGUGCAACACACAAAACAGCUGCGAUUGACUCACAACCGAAAAAGGGGGGCAACGAUGGAGCACAGGGACGCCGACUUCAACAUCCUGCUCGCCACCGAUUCUUACAAGGUAACACAUUACAAACAGUACCCCCCAAACACGAGUAAAGUCUACUCCUACUUUGAGUGCCGCGAGAAGAGGACCGAUCCCACCAAAAGCAGAAAAGUCAAGUAUGACAAAACUGUUUUCUACGGCUUGCAGUACAUCCUCCACAAAUACCUCAAAGGAAAGGUAGUCACUCCGGAGAAGAUCCAGGAGGCCAAGGAGGUGUACCGGGAACACUUCCAGGACGAUGUUUUUAACGAGAAAGGGUGGACGUACAUUUUGGAGAAAUACAACGGCCACCUGCCGAUAGAAAUCAAGGCGGUACCGGAGGGGAGCGUCAUCCCCCGCGGCAACGUGUUGUUCACCGUGGAGAGCACAGAUCCCGAAUGCUACUGGCUCACUAACUGGGUGGAGACCAUCCUAGUGCAGAUCUGGUAUCCCAUCACCGUAGCGACCAACUCCAGGGAGCAGAAGAAGAUCCUGGCCAAGUAUCUCCUGGACACCUCCGGGAACUUGGAAGGGCUCGAAUACAAACUGCACGACUUCGGCUACCGAGGAGUCUCCUCGCAAGAGACUGCGGGCAUCGGCGCCUCAGCUCACUUGGUCAACUUUAAGGGCACGGACACAGUUGCUGGCAUCGGUGUGAUCAAGAAGUACUAUGGCACCAAGGACUCAGUGCCAGGGUUCUCUGUACCGGCUGCGGAACACAGCACCAUCACAGCGUGGGGCAAGGACCACGAGAAGGACGCCUUCGAGCACAUCAUCAAGCAGUUCCCCGGCGUGCCCGUCUCCAUCGUCAGCGACAGCUACGACAUCUACAACGCCUGCGAGAAGAUCUGGGGUGAGGACCUCCGCGGUCUCAUCGAGUCACGCAGCGCCGACGCGCCGCUCGUCGUGCGGCCGGACUCGGGUAACCCCCUCGAUACGGUGUUAAAGGUUUUGGAGAUCCUGGGUAAGAAGUUCCCACCAGAGGAGAACGCCAAAGGAUUCAAGGUGCUGCCUCCUUAUAUCCGAGUCAUCCAAGGAGACGGCGUGGACAUAAACACUCUCCAGGAGAUAGUGGAGGGGAUGAAGGAACAUCGGUGGUCCAUUGAGAAUGUUUCCUUUGGCUCCGGGGGGGCUCUGCUCCAGAAACUCACCAGAGAUCUGCUCAACUGCUCCUUCAAAUGCAGCUACGUGGUCACAAACGGACUUGGGGUGAACGUUUUCAAAGAUCCCGUAGCAGACCCCAACAAGAGGUCAAAGAAAGGACGCCUGUCGCUGCACCGGACUCACAGUGGGGAGUUUGUCACCCUGGAAGAGGGCAAAGGUGACCUGGAGGAGUACGGAGUGGACCUGUUACACACAGUCUUCCAGAACGGGAAGAUUGUGCAGACGUACACGUUUGACCAAGUGAGAGACAAUGCCAAGCUCAAGGAGAGUGAGCUCGACUAGCUGCUGCCACUCGUCUGCCAUUCAUUGAUUACCCCACCCCGACCCCGCCCCCUCACCUCCUCCUCAAACCCCUCUUCCUCGGCCUCUGACACCACACAUCCCAAAAUAAUCCGAGGCCUUGUGCACUGAUGAUAUAUCCUGGCCUGAGCUCCCCUAAAACUGUGACUUCCAUUUAAAAAAAAAAAAACAAAAAACACAAGAACUUCAAGGAGCUCGCUCACUUCUGAGGAUGACAAAUGAUAUAUAAAUGAAAUAUGAAGAAACGUGUAUGAAGCGCAGUAAGCCCAACGGAAGGAUGGAUGUUCUCCGAGCCGCUGCCACGCCCUCUGAACGAACUGGACGACGUGAUUGACUUGCUCGGUUUCCCCGCAGGCCCUCCGCCGUCUACCUGGCGUUGUCUUUUAUGUGAAGGCUUUUAAAUCCAUUUAAAUAGCGUUGCAGUUUUACCUUUGGCCAAAAUCAAAGGCAAAGGCCCAAAUCUUUUAAGUGCUUCCCGAGUGUUUUGGGUCUAAAGUCAUUAGCGCGUUUCUGUAAGGUGUCCGAAUCUCCCUCAAAGAACAUUCCCAUCAUCGAGAGGCCAUCGAAAUCUCCCAUAAAAUGUCUCCACUGGAGUGAAGAGGAUCGAAGGACAUCAUGAAUCACUUCCUGACCGCGUGUUAAGUGUCGCUUCUGAUGUGUGAGUCUUAACAGCUCCGUGUGGUAUUCCUUUUAUGCAAAUGAUUGUUUGGGGAUUUUUUUUUUUUUUCAUCUAGCAAGGUAUUUAUUGCGGAGGAGUGGAAGCUGGGAGAUUCCAGUUGAGUGUUUCUUCGGCCACGCCGUGGUUUUGCGUCAGCCUCGCCGCCGUUAACGUGGUGCGUCUGCUCAGAUCGGGCGAGUCGAGAAUACGGGCGCCACGGGCUGGUCACAUCACGGGUAUCUUAACUUUCCAGAAAAGAACGUCCAAUCAGCGCCAAGCUUCUUUUAAGAUGUUUGAGUACAGGAAGUCCUCGGGUUACAAACAAGUUCCGUUCCUAUGCUGGUAACUGGAAUUUUGUUGUCAUUCGGAUUUCACCGUUCAAGUCAGAAUUUACGUCAAAAUAAUAGAAAUAAUAAAAGAAAGGGAGGCUGUGCAUAGGUAUUGCGAAGGAAUCUGGUCCUCGCCUCUCCAUCUCGACAAGUAUCAAAAAGCGUUGUUUUGUGAUCACUGGAUCUGACAUAGGAACAGAGAACCCUUCACAUGCGCUAGAAUCCGGGCUUUGUCUUUCAUAAUCGUGGCCACGGUCGACCGACUCAAGCCUUUGCUCGGCGUUUCUCCUCUCUCCGAUCUUUUUAUGAUCCCUGGGCUUCGUUUUCAUGGUCAUGGAUUUUCUUUUGUCUGCAGAAGCGUUGCUAAAAGAGACAGCUUUCUUUUUUGGGGCCGUAAUAUCGAAAAAGGAGGGCGAAAAAUGCGAAGAUACUCCUGACGGACGAGCACUAUGCACGUUAGCUUGACAAAAUGGCGGACGAGGAACUGGUGUAAAGUUGAAACGUUGCAGGUCGAGACCGUUUUGACCCAAGGACUCCCUUUAUUUAUUUCAUGUACUUGAUGUCUAUGUACUAGUACACUAUUUCUCCUUACUCCUAAGACAAUUCAGACCAUGACUCGAUUGACUUUUUCACUAGUAACACUUUUUCCAAUAUGGCGGCACGGUAGAUCCAGCUGGUAAAGCGUUGGCCUCACAGUUCUGAGGUCCCUGGUUCAAUCCCGGAUCCGCCUGGUGGAGUUUGCAUGUUCUCCCCGUGCCUGCGUGGGUUUUCUCCGGGUGGGCACUCCGGUUUCCUCCCACAUCCCAAAAACAUGCAACAUUGAUUGGACACUAAAUUGUCCCGAGGUGUGAUUGUGAGUGCAGCUGUUUGUCCUGCCCUGCGAUUGGCUGGCAACCAGUUCAGGGUGUACCCCGCCUCCUGCCCAUUGACAGCUGGGAUAGGCUCCAGCACUCCCCGCGACCCUCGUGAGGAUAAGCGGCAAAAGAAAAUGGAUGAAUGGAUGGAUGGACUUUUUCCACUACUGUAUGAAAUUUCUGCACACUAGUAGGACAACUACAUGGUCCUGCUAAGGUAAAACCGCACUAAUUGACAUCUGCGUGAUAAUGUUACGACUAGGGAAGUGCCAGAGAUGUUUACUUGACUUAUGUCACAAGUAGUACAAGUACUUGUGCAAGUACAAUAGUGUACCAUGUUGCCCCAUGGGUAGUACACUAAAGUUGUCCAACUAUUGAGGACAGAGUGAACUUGUUCAUGGACCAAAAGAUAUGAAAUGAAUGCUGAAGCAAUUUUAUGGAAAACUUUUGUGCACUAGUGGAAUGACUCUCUUACUGCUGCCUUCUACUAUUAUGACAUUUCUGGCAAUAUUAGUAUACCAGUAUGAUGACUACAUAUUAGGAGGAGAAACUACUUGUGGACAUGGGCGUAGGAAAUUUUAAUUGCGUAUUAACCAAACAAACAGACCAGUAGUGGAAAAACGUUGCCCUGAAUUGUCUGUCGUAAUGGCAAAAAGUGUCAUUGAACAUUAAUGUUCGCCGGGAUGUCAAAUAUAUAUUUGUGAAGAUCUUUUUAGGUAUAUUAUACCCAAAAAAAUGCACAGUAUUACAUUUAAACUGGAGGAAUCAAAACCACCAAAUAGUAGAAUGACUAAUCUGAAAAUAAAAAUGCAAAUUUUGCUUAGCUUUUUAUGCAUAUUCACAUCUUAAAUGUCACUAUUUUCCUUUUUUUUUUUUUUUUUUUUUUU